GAUGAAACAGUGAAACGACAGAGAAGGGUGUCGUAUGGGAAGAACCCUCUUUCUCUUUUGUUUGCCUCUAUCGUCGUUUGUAACGAUAGUAUUCUCUAACCGUUCCGUUCCCAAAUGGCCAAUGACGAAGACCAACCGCAAGGCUCUCCUACGGCCAAUGAGCCCCAAAACGCCGCCUCCUCCGACUCCGACUCUGACUCCGACUACGAAUCUGACUACUCCUACGACGAGGCGGAGGAUGAGGCCUUCCGCCGUGCAUUCCAGUUCCCGGACGACGAGGACGAAGAGGUGCCGGAGGACAAGCGCAACAACCCGGAGACCAACCUCCAAGACUUCAGUCGAGCGCUGGAGAGCACGGCGGUGAAGGAGCUGCAUGAGGAGCUGGACCCCUUGAUUGCGGAGGAGGAAAACCCUUUCGACUUCCCCGAGGACCCCGAGAACUGGACCGAGCAGGACCUUCGCGAGCUUUGGGCGGAUGCGGUCCCCGAAAUUGGCGGCACAGGGUGGGACCCUGCUUGGGCCACCGAGGAAGAGUACAACUACGUUAACGAACAGCUUGCGGAGGGAGAAGAACCUCCCAUUGCGCCGUUCUAUCUUCCUUUCCGCAAACAUUACCCUCCAAUUCCCGAUAAUCACUACGACAUUGCCACUCCCAAGGAUACUAUCGAAGAGUUGGAUAGGAUUGAGGAGUUCCUCAAAUGGGUUAGCUGCGUUUUCGAAGAUGGUAGCACCUAUGAAGGGACCGUUUGGGAUGACUAUGCUCAUGGGAAAGGAGUUUAUAUUUCGGACGAUAGAUUGAUCAGGUAUGAAGGUGAAUGGUUUCAAAAUGAUGUAGAGGGUCAUGGUGUACUUGAACUUGAUAUACCUGUCAUAGAGCCUGCUCCUGGGUCCAAGCUUGAAGCAAAGAUGCGAGCUGAAGGAAGGAUUAUAGCUAGGGAUUAUAUGUCCCCAGAAGACAGAGAAUGGCUUGAGAAGGAUGUUGAAGAUAUGUAUAAUCUUGCAGAUGGGGAGUAUGAAAUCCCCUAUUAUGAGAAUGAGGAAUGGAUAAAGCAAUUUGGAAGCAAGCCGGAGAAAGGUCGAUAUCGUUAUGCUGGUCAGUGGAAGCAUGGCAGGAUGCAUGGAUGUGGUGUAUUUGAAGUCAAUGAGCGUGUCCUACAUGGUAGAUUUUAUUUUGGAGAAUAUGUGGACGAGUUUGAGGGAUGUGAUGAAGAAAUUUCAGGGAUGCAUGCUGCUAUAGCAGAUGUUGCUGCUGCAAAGGCUCGCAUGUUUAUUAACAAACCAGAUGGAAUGGUUAGAGAAGAGAGAGGCCCUUAUACUGAUCCACAGCAUCCUUACUUUUAUGAAGAAGACGAUGUGUGGAUGGCACCUGGCUUCAUUAAUCAGUUUUAUGAAGUCCCUGAUUACUGGAAAGUAUACGUGAGUGAAGUAGAUGAAGAAAGAGAAAUGUGGUUGAACUCUUUCUAUAGAGCUCCUCUGAGGUUACCCAUGCCAGCUGAACUUGAGCACUGGUGGUCAAAAGAGGAAAAUAGCGAGCUUCCUGAAUUUGUCCUUAUUAAUAAAGAACCAGAGCCUGAUCCUGAAGAUCCUUCAAAGCUUAUAUAUACUGAGGAUCCUUUGAUCCUCCAUACACCAACUGGACAUAUUAUCAAUUAUAUUGAGGAUGAGAAUUACGGCAUACGUUUAUUUUGGCAGCCACCUUUGAAAGAGGGUGAGGAUGUUGAUCCUGAAAAGGCUGUGUUCCUGCCCCUUGGUUAUGAUGAGUUUUUUGGAUAUGAAACGGAUAAAAAAAAGAAGAGCAUAUUGUUGCGUAUUAUACUUGCAAUUGGAAAUGCUUGCAAGCCAUGGCUUGAUAAGCUGGAUAAAUGGACUGAAGAGCAGAAAAAAAUUAAGGAGGAGGAAAAGAAAGAACUUGAGGUGGAUCUUGAACUGCUGGAAGCUGAAAUUGGACUAGAAGAGGCUGUUGAGGAAAUGGAAAGGUUAUUGCGCAUAAGAGAGAAAGAAGAGGAAAAGAAGGCAGAGAUGGGUUUGCUGGAUGAUGAUGAAGAAGAUGGUGAUGAUGAUAUGGCUUCUGUACCCAAACAAGAUGAAGAAGCUCGUGCAAAGGUAGAAGAGGAAGCUCGUGCAAAGGUGGAAGAGGAAGCUCCUGCAGUGGUGGAAGAGGAAGAUGAUGAUGAUGAUGAUGGAGAUGAUGAAGACGAGGAUAAUAGUGCACAAUCAAGUUUCGGGUCUGUUGAGCAGGGACAGACAACAGAUCAGCCGAAGGGAAAACCUGGGAAAUCUCCAUUUUCUACAUUGUCACUUGCAUUUGCUCGUAGCAGCCUUAUCUCCACUGUUCCAUCCAAGCUGCAACAAUCAUUUUCGUUCUGGAACAUGGGAAGAUCAAAACUAGAGUCGUGUCCUCUUCCGAGCAUUGAUCGCUCCAGUAAUAUGAAAACAGUUUGUUCAGUCAGUUUCCGUCCUGUGACCAGCCAGAAUGGUAGAUUGAAGACUGUGGGGAAAAGUCAUGGGAAAGUGAAGGAAAUAAGCUCUUUAAGGGGGAAAUUUCUUGAGGUGCACUCUCAGACUGGAUCACAUUCGUGGGCUUCUUCAAAUUCCAUAAGCAACUUACAGAGGCAAAGAUCGAGUAGUGACAGGUGGUUGCAUGCAGCACCUGAGAGGGAUUUAGACAGCAUACUUUCUUUGCAUUCAUCUUUGUAUAAUUUUGAAGAACGUAGAGAGACUGUUUGAUGAUCUUAUUCUGUUCCAUUUUUCCCAAAUAAGAGAGCUUUACUUGAAAUACAAGUUUUGAAGGCCUUUUUGUAUUUUUUGCCCUUUCUGUACCAAGAAGAAGCACACGUAGGAUUUUUGGGAGGGGAGAGACAUUAAAACUGUUGAUGUAUUUUUGUAUGUACGUCGUUCUAAAUCUGAAAAUCAUCAUCUAGUGAUAGAAUUGUCGAAUGGUGUUUCCAUUUACUUUUUAAUUUUCAUCGAAUUUUUACACCCUUAA